GAGCAUACGGUGCGCAGGAUAUCUGUGUUACAGCCGCCGCAUCACAAUCACACGGCAGCCGUGGCCGCCGCCGCCGCCUACUCGUCGCCAAUCUUCACCACUAAGUCAAACCACCACUCGUUAGGCUCGGCGUCCAUAACGAGCGCCACCGCCGCAGCCGUCGCUUCCCAAUUGCCAAUCACCAUAUCGUCGUCCCAUACGGUGAUACAGCCGGUGCUCCACUCGGGCGCCACUGUUAUUGAGAAUAACUAUCUGUUUCGCAACAAAUCGAUACCGAUUUGUAUCGAUACUGUCAACGAUGGUCAUCGGCCGACGCCAACCCAGAUGUCCACCACUACAACACAACCGGUGCCCACUUGUGGUUCAGAUCUAGUCACCAGUCGUAUACCGCUUGAGAUACUGCCCGCCUAUUUGCCGCAUCUGCAGAGACCGCAGGCAAAGAUCACAUUCAAGGGACCCAUCGUUUUUCCGGUGCUUCAGAACCAGUUGGACAACGGAACCAAUUUGGAGUUUACCGUCGAUGACCAGCGAUCCGAGUCUGGAUACAGUUCCUCAUCGCCCGAACGCAAGACCAGUGCCUCCACGACCUGUGCGUUCAAACAGGUGGCGUCACUGCCGAUGACGAGCGACACUAUCGGCAACACAUCCGCUAUCAGUAGUCAUAAAGUGGACGAAACGGACGAAGAGAUCGAAAUACUCGAUAAGGAUAAGGAAAACGACAAAGAGUUGCUCCGAUUGUCGUCACCAGUCAAUGGCUUAGUGUUGCCGAAGACCACGGGAGCGGUCAGACCUAACACACUGUCCUUACGCACGAAUAACGGCUCAAAUCUGGUCAGUUCUACACUCGUCUCGCCGGACACUCCGCGACCCAACAAGACGUGCGUUCAGCUGUAUAUGAACGGACACGCCUACAGCGGCAUCGGUCUCAAAGUGACUCCCCGUCCCGUCUAUUGCACAAUAUAUAAGACACAACCGAUGUUUGUACAGCAGGAGACGGAUCCCAACCUUUCCAUGUACUCCAAUUGGACGACGAGUCCGUUGGCGGUCGAAGACGUGAUGAAUAUGGCGGAGGCGCCCGUCGUUCUCGGUCUAUACGACUCGCGUUGCAAACACCGCACGGACUCUAUGCUAGUGACGAGUGCGUCGAAGGCUGACCUCAAUUCCACUCAUUCCAGUUACUGGGGGUUCAGGCGAUCCGACGAAGAGAAGGAGAACCUGAAGGACGCGAUCGCGCGGCUCAGGGAAGACGUCGGCGAGAGUGCCGAACAACAGGCGCAGGUCUUCCGCAAAAUCAGUCAAAUGAGCGCCUCCUCUGCCUAUACGGGCGACAGUGACUCGGAUGGCGAGGCGGGCCCUCCCAAAAGGGUUCGCAUAUUUGAAGGCGGUUUUAAAUCCAACGAAGACUACACUUACGUGAGAGGAAGGGGUCGCGGGAAGUAUGUGUGCGAAGAGUGUGGCAUCCGAUGCAAGAAGCCGUCGAUGUUGAAGAAGCACAUCCGCACGCAUACGGAUCUACGGCCGUACAGUUGCCGUCACUGCGCGUUCGCCUUCAAGACCAAAGGCAAUCUCACGAAACACAUGAAGAGCAAAGCGCACCACAAGAAGUGCGUGGAGUUGGGCAUUGUUCCCGUGCCCGUCACCAUCGAUGAGUCGCAGAUCGACACCGACGCGCUCGCCAAACAGGAGAUGAUGGAGAUCUCGUGCGCCAAUUUGCCCGAAGACGAGGACGAAGAUGAAGACGAAGGCGAGUGGGAUGAAGACGAGGAGGAAGAGGACGACGAAGGAGUUCCCAUACCAUUGAUUGAAUUGCAACGCAUGGCUUUGCCGUCAGUUCCCGGACAGUUCGACGACGCGGACAUCGAGGGUCGCGCCCGACACGUGUCGGAGUCGGGCUCUAACGCCACCGAAGCCGAAGAGCAAGAGGCGGCCCGCAGUUUAUUGAUACUGUCAGCCAUGGGAUCGGAUUCCGAUUUGACCGCAAUUCGUAAGACAUCGAGUUCUGUGAGUCCUAAUCGGUCUGAAGACUCACCAGAGAAGCGAAAGGUUUCCGUAAUUGACAGAAGAAUAUCUCAACAUAUCCUAAACGACGAGAAACAGAGGCGAGUGUCUCAACACAUCCAUGAAUCUGAACAACAGAGACGUGUGUCUCAACAGAUCCACGAAUCGGAACAACAGAGACGAGUCUCUCAACAGAUCCACGAAUCGGAACAACAGAGACGAGUUUCUCAACAGAUCCACGAAUCGGAACAACAGAGACGAGUGUCUCAACAGAUCCACGAAUCGGAACAACAGAGACGUGUGUCUCAGCACAUGCAUGAGGCGGAAAUGCAGCGGCGAAUGUCUCAGCAGAUAAUUGAAAGUGAACAGCAGAGACGAGUCUCUCAGCAAAUCCAUGAAACAGAACUCCACCGAAGAGUAUCUCAACAGAUGAUGGAAAGCGAACAACAGAGACGAUUGUCUCAAAUUCUGGUUCUCGAGACCGAACACCAGCCGAGAGGUAUCGCACAACACAUGAGUCCGAUCGGCAAACCUGUGACCGAAUCGGUGGCCGAUUUUCACAUAUCGUCCGCCAAAAUGAAACCACCGACAGAACCGCCGCCACCGCUCCUGUCAUCGCCGCGCAAACUGUCGCCCAUAGAGCAGCUCCAGCAUCAGGUCCAACAGCAACAGCACCACUUACUGCAGACCACGUGGACACCAAACUGCCCGCCGGACCAGCAGUCGAGACCGCGUUCCUAUUCAUUCAACGACGUGCCUCUCGCGCCCUCUAAUCAUAACACUCAUCACGUGUUUAGUCCCUCUUCACGCCUACCCAUAGAACCCAUCGAAACCAUUAGCGAAGAGAGUAGUGACGAGUCUAUGGACGCGUUCGCACUCCGGAGGUAUUCAAUGUCUGUCAUCAACGAUCGACACCCAGGGAAGCCCUCGUCGGCACACUUCCCGCCUGUGGUCGAGCGCGAAGAACCAAUGGAUCUCUCGUUGAGUACAAAACCGUUGGAAGUGGUGGACGGCAUAGUAAUGCCGCAAUUCGAGACACCCGUCAACGGCUCCCUCGGCCUCAGACACGGAGAGUUCAUACCGAAAGCGCCGCAACACGUGAUCGCCGACUCGAUUGACGGCAAAUCCAUUUGUUCCAUCUGUUCCAAGCAGUUCUCGAAGCCGUCGCAACUCAGACUCCACGAGAAUAUCCAUUACUUUGAGCGGCCGUUUAAGUGCGACUCGUGUGCCGUCAGCUUCCGGACCAAAGGCCACCUCCAGAAACACAAGCGUUCGGUUUCGCACUUCAAUAAAGUGACCAUCAAUUCGACGUUCGGCACGCCUUCGUCGGACAAUCCGCGGCCAUUCAAGUGCGCCGACUGUAAGAUCGCGUUCAGAAUUCACGGCCAUUUGGCCAAACAUUUGCGUUCAAAGAUGCAUAUCAUGAAACUCGAGUGUUUGGGGAAAUUGCCGUUCGGUAUGUACGCCGAGAUGGAGAGGUCGGGCGUCAACCUGAACGAGAUCGACACCACCGACUGCGAGAACUCGCUCCAGAGCCUGCAGAUGAUGGCCCAACGCCUGUACGAUCCGCGACAGAUGCGCUGGGCGUCCGAACCCGUGCCCGAAGGCGGUCCCACUCCUCCCGUCGACCACAAUAACGGCCACUCGUUUGACGACAACAACAGCGGCUCUCACGUGAAGGACGAGCCAAACGACGCCUUUUAUCACUCAUUAGAGCGCGAGAGAAAACAGACAUCCGGUGUUGCGGUGACCAGUCAUCAAACACUGCCACCGAUGCCUCCAUUACUGUCCAGCGCUCGCCUUCCGUCGCAACUGUCGCCAGCCUUAAUGUUA